AUGACGAUCAAGGAAAGGAAACCUCGUGUGGUGGCCCUCGGCCAACCCAAAUAUGCCGGCGACGACUAUUUAGCCGAAUUCUCAAAGGAGUUCGACUUCUCCGUCUUGGAGGCAUACAACCGCACUGAAACGAUGAGCCUUCUCCCCAGAUCCAUCAAGGACGAUGGACCCAUUGACGCUUUCAUAAUCCGGAUGGGCACACCGCCGUACGAGCCCUUCGACCAGGAAAUGCUCGGUGUAUUGGCGGAGACCAGCCCAAAGUGUCGAAUCAUCACAUCUGCUAGUGCGGGCUACAAUGAGUUCCCUGUGGAGUGGCUUGCCGAUCAAGGAAUCUGGUUCACGAAUACCGUCGAUGCUGUCGCCGAAGCAACUGCAGACAUGGCCCUAUUCUUGGUAUUAGCCGUCUUGAGGAAUACAACCAACGCCGAGAAAAGCGCCAGGGGAGGGACGUGGCGAGCAAUGCCGGGCUUAGUGCCUGCCAGGGACCCAACAAGCCUAACGCUGGGAAUAGUUGGUCUUGGAGCUAUCGGAAAAUAUUUAGCAAAGAAGGCCGCUGUUUUCAACAUGAAGAUUAAGUACUACAACCGGAAUAGACUCCCUGCUGAUGAAGAGGCAAAGUACGGUGCUGAGUACUGCACGCUGAACGAGCUUUUGGGUACUUCGGACGUCAUCUCGCUUAACUGUCCUCUUAACGCCAGUACUACCAAUCUCAUCGGGCAGGCCGAUUUUGCAGCCAUGAAAGACGGAUGCUUCGUUGUCAAUACUGCUCGUGGAGGUGUGAUAGAUGAAAAGGCAUUCAAAGAUGCGUUGCAGUCUGGUAAGGUCGCAAGAGCUGGACUCGACGUGUUCUGUAACGAGCCCAAUGUCGACCCUUGGUUCUUGGAGAGCGACAAAGUUAUCAUACAGCCGCAUCUAGGAGGCCUUACAGAUAUGGCAUUUCAAAAGGCGGAGAGAGAAUGUUUCGAGAAUAUAAGACAAGUGUUCCGUUAUGGUAAGCCGCGGUCACCGGUGAUAGAUAUUACCAAACGUGGUUCGCAAUAG